AUGGAGGCAGUGAUUCGGAAAUGGCAGCAGAAGUUGAGAAAAGGGAAGGAGGAGAUGGAAAUGUGGGAAGCGCUUCAAGAUCGAUGGGUUUCGCUCUUCGGAAACGCUUCUGCUAUCAUCCAGAGAUUACAGGAUAUGCAAAAUCCUGUGAGGUAUGGAGCUUUGAGAUGCGUGAAAGGGAUUGAAGACGCGGUUGUGCAGAAACAAAUGGAUCAUCUGGAGUCUCUUCUUCUUUCGAUGAAAAACAUUUUAGAGGAAUUCCGGCGAUGUGUUUCGACAUUUGAGAAGCUACACCGAGACGGUUCGUCGCAGUUGCUCAAAAAGGAACAGAGCAAGGUGCGAGUAAGCGAACGGAUUGGAGUAAAACCUUGCAUUGCAGAUUGCUUGGAAGGACUCUCUCUUCUUUAUGAAAUGCAUCAAUCAGAAUACCAUCUUAAAGCUUCAAUUUUUUCCGCACUUUCAUGUCUUAUCCUGAAACCAAGUCCUGGUGAUCUAAGCGCGCUACAAUGCCUCGUGGUUGAUGAGCCGAAUAUCCCGAAAGAAGAAGUGCAACACAUCUUCGAUGUGAUAUUCGCGGAAGAGAUCAAAUGA